AUGCCUCAUAUUGAGAUGCUGCAUGACCUGGUCUAAUUUAGGAUAAUUCCUUUUAAAGAUCAAAAGACUGUUACACCUAAUCCAGACAGCAAUAAUAAAAUGAUUGAAAAGAAUAAAAGCAGAAAUGACCUUAAAAGUAAUCAGUUUUUGCCAAAAUCUAACAUUUGCAAAGCAUCCUUUGUGCUGCCUGAUAAGGACAAAGCAGAUAAAAAGUUUAAAGCCUAGCAACAAUAAAAUUUAGAAACAUCAGAAACUAUAUAAUAAAAUGACAGCUUUGUCAGUAAUCAGCAUAGAAAACAAAAAAGACAAGAGAAUAAAAAUUUGAAUAAAAUCCUUGGACUUUUAAACCUGCAAAAGAACCCUCCAACAAUUUAGUCAGAGAAAGUUAAAAUCAUUGAUGAUGCAGAUGAAGAAGAAGGAAAUAAUGGAUCAUUUUUCAUGACUGAAUAAAAUAAUGGUAACUCUUACAGAAAUAACUUGGACUAUCAAAUUCUAAGCAAAACAGCUGUAAAAGAUAGUCUAGGCUUAACUAUUAAAAAGCGAUAAGAUUAAAAGAUUAUUUCUUGGAAAGUAGACAAGACUCCAAACAAAAAGGGUUAUCUAGAUCAUCUGAUGGCUCAAAAGAAAUUUAUGGAAUAAGUAGGACCAGGCUCUUACAACCUAAAUUAGAGCACUUAGAUUCUUCCUAUACCUAAAAGCACUAAGCAAAUCAAUAAUUUUAGUUAGAAUAUGAGCAUGCUUGAUGAAUUAAUAUCCCUAAAAAAUGAUGCUAUUAAGCUUAAGGAUUAAUUCUAGUCACAGGCUGACUUCAAUUAUGGCGAUUAGUCUUAGAGGUCUAAGAGUAAUCUAAAUGUGAUUGGUGUGAGAUAAUAAUAUCUGGGCUAGGAAAUGGAAUACAGCUCUCCUAUUUAUAGUAGCUUUAAUAACUUAAAGACUCAUAACUAAUCGAGAAUAAGUGAAUAUACUAAGCAAAAGCCUUAGGCUGACAGACUUUCUUUUAUUGAUAAGAAUUCUAUCUAAAUGACUAAUCUUGGCCCAGGAUCUUAUCAAGUUACCUCAGACUUUGGAGUAGGCAUAUAAAGCAACAAUAAAUCCCCGAGAAAAAUGGUACAUCCAUCGAGACCCCACAGGACUCAAUCUAGUCCUACCAAUUAAUUAAUGUAAGCUGACAGAUUCAAGUAUUAAAAGAUUCAACUCGAAAAUUCAAGGAAUAUGCCAGGUCCAGGAUAGUACUCCUAUCAAUAGAAUCAGUCAUCUCAAAUAGUAAUACAAGGCACUAUUGAAAAUAGCAAUUAGAAUUAAACUUUUGAUAAUCAUAAACUUGGAAAUCCUAAUUAUCCUUCAUUUGGUACUCGCUAAGCUAGAGAAUUGCAAUUAGUCAAGAAGGGGAUUUAGGAGGUCCCAGGUCCUGGCUAGUACUAGAUGUAUUUUAAUGUGGAUGACUUGCUUUAAAAAUGUGAUGAUAAGGAGUUGGUGGGUGCUAUAAUGUAAAAUAUGUAAGAGAGAAGGCCAAAUAAAGUUUUUUCUACUAAGGAACCAAGAAUAGCUGUGUUUCAGGAGAACAAGAUAAUGAAAGUAGAGGGUCUUGAAAAGUAUUACAGCUAGGAAUAAAAUACCUUUACUGAAUAGCAGUUAAAGCUCUAACAAAAGAAGUUGGAAAAACUAGUAUAUCAAUUGAAAAAGGAAUAUCCUAAUUAAAGAAAUGCUGCAGUAAUAUAAGGAAAGUAAGCCCAGCAAUAAAAAGAUAUCAAAGACUAUAGUAGCUCUAUGUCUCAGCUAGAGUCUAGCUUUAUUAAAGGAUAGAAGUCUCAUAAUACAGAGAGUGUUUAAUCAUUCUCAAAAAAUAACACAACUAAUAAUUUGUAGAGUUCAACAAAUAAGACACCCUAUAAGCAUAGACCUUAACCCAGUGCUGUGUUCUAAUCUUCUACUAAGAGAGGACUAGAUCCCGUUUAGAACAUCACUAGCAAUACUAUAACUAAUAAUGAAAGAUUUACUGUCCAUCAUGCAGACUUUGUUGAAAGAGAUUCAAACACAUUCAUGACAAAUUAUGGGACAGAUAGUGCAUCUUCUGCCUGGGAUAAAAAGAGUUUUAACUUAAAAUACAACAAAUAAGCCAGAUAAAAUCUUGGCUUUGACAGGAGGAAUAGGUCUGUUUUGGACAAUAUAAAGCCAAAAUAAAACACUUCUACUCAAUAUGAUGCUAUGAAUAUGUCGGCUAUGUAAUGA